CAGGAAGUGACAUAAUCAAGUGAACGUCCGGAAGUUGCGAGGUGCUAAAAAGGUUCUAACUUAUACUUCUUACAAAACUCAGGUGUUCCUGGUGUCCUGACAUCAUGGCUGUAGACUGGGUCGGGUUCGGUUAUGCUGUUCUGGUGUCAGCAGGAGGAAUCAUUGGUUAUGUGAAAGCAGGCAGCGUCACCUCUCUGGCUGCAGGGCUCCUGUUCGGCCUGCUGGCUGCAGUCGGUGCUUAUCUGGCAUCUCAAAACCCGAAGAAUGUCUGGCUUUCACUUGGCACCUCAGGAACUCUGGCUCUGGUGAUGGGACUGCGAUUUGUCAACUCCUGGAAGUUCAUGCCAGCUGGUUUAAUGACUUUAGCAAGUGGACUGAUGCUGGUGAAGAUCAUCACUGGAAUGCUAAUGAAACCACAUACAUCUUGAAAAUAUUUAAAUAUAUCUUUUCAGUGUGUCUGUACAUAUUUCUGAUAAAAAUCUAAUUUGUGCUCCCACAUACUGUGCAUUCACAAACAUUCCCUCGUUUUAUAUUACAGUCUGGUUCUGUAUAAAAAAUGUGAUAUCAAAUAUGUGAUUUUAUACACCAUAUACAGUUAGGGGAUGUUUUUUUCUAGGGCUGUCCCAAAUAUAAUUUUUUGGGCUUCGAAGCUUCGGUGACAAGUUUGUAAAUGUAUCUGCUGCUGUAAAAUAAUAAAUUCACCCACUUUAAUAAAAAAAAAA